AUGAUUCUUACUGACACACCGGAAAAAGUUCGUCUAGAACAAGAAAAAAUAGCUGCUAAAAGUAAAAACACUAAUAAGAAGGGAAAAGUCACUCGAAAAGUAUUACAAAGUGAUGAAGAAGAUAAUGAUCAAGAGAAGGAAACAGUGGAAUAUGCUGAAUCUGAUGAUGAUACAGACUGGGCAGCAGAAGAUGAAGACGAAAACUCUGACGAAGAAUCAGUGAUUAUAACUGAAAGGCACCUAACCAAAUCUCUAACUCGUGCGCCACUAGAGGGCGAAUAUGUGAUUGUACAAUUUACAACAAAAAAACUUACAUCGCUUUACGUUGGAAAGGUGAUAGAAGGUAGAAAUGAGAAUAAUGAAUUCUACAUAUCAUUUCUGAGGCGUACGCCUGGUACUAGCAAAUUUCACAUGCCUGAUAAGCCUGACCUUUCUGUUAUAAAAGAAAGUGAUUUGAAAUUACUUCUGCCAAAGCCUUCAAUUGUUGGCACUUCUUCUAGGCCGUACUAUAAUUUUGGACUAGAUUUAUCCCAACUUCGGAUAUGCUAA